GGUGACUUGGCCUCCAUCUUGCAUCGCGCCUUGGGCCUUGGGCCUUGGUGUUGGAGCAGUUCAACUGGCCAUGCCAAGUCGACGGCGCUCGCCUUUCUUUGCGAGUGUUGUACAAUUUCUUCGAUGGCCUUGUAGGACGUUCGCCCUGCACAAGUACAGUGCCAGGCGCCGACUUCGGGUUGCACAGGAGCCUGUACCAGCAAAUUCGCCUCUAUACGGUAAAGUGCAUUGUCAGGCAACGUAGUUGCGCUUUCACUUACUUGACCCGCCGGACUUCUGUGCCUUGUGCCACUGUUCUGGUGGUGUCCUGUUACGACAACCGUGAAGAAUGGAUCACUUGGAUGACCAGAUUUGAUAUUAUGCCAACACUCAAAAAGCAAAGGCAUCAAUGGUUCCUCCAGGAUCAAGACGGAAAGCAGCUUGCUCACCUCGGAGGGUACACCAUUAUUGUAGCCAUCUGUGGUUAUUGUCGGCCAAUGAUAGACCAAUCAGUGAUCAAACCAAACAACCGAGGUACUAUCACCGUGGAUGAUCUUACCGAAACCCCAUCUUGACUUCCCCAGAUUUGCGAGGACUAUAUCUCCGGCCUACUUGUUCACAUAAGAAGCAAUCGUUCAAAGCUCAGCGACUCACUCUGCCAGUCAUUACAGCCCACACUAAUCAUGACCUCGUCAGCCGACCUCCGCAUCACAACCUUGUUCGACGUUAGCAACCAUGUUGUGCUCGUCACAGGAGGGGCCACCGGCUUAGGUGAAAUGGCAGCACAAGGAUUCAUCCAGAAUGGAGCAAAAGUAUUCAUUGCCAGCCGCAAAGAGUCAGAGUUGAAAAAGACUGCAGACCGGCUGAACGCGCUUGGACCCGGAAAAUGCGAGUACAUCGUCGCUGAUCUGAAGGACAAAGCUGGAUGCGACGGGCUGGUCAACGAGGUCAAGAAGCGGACUGAUCGAUUGACUGUGUUGGUGAACAACACGGGAGCCAGUUGGGGUGCACCAUAUCACGACUUUCCUGAGAGUGGCUGGGACAAGUUGAUGUCGUUGAAUGUCAAAUCCAUCUUCUACAUGACCGUGGGACUAGAGCCUCUCUUGCGCAAUGGGGCCAACGCGGACAACCCAUCGCGUGUGAUCAACAUUGCUUCGAUGGCGGGCAUCAGCACUGUCGAUGUCACCGCUGGUGACGACGGAGGGCUCUCAGCUCCUGGACAUGGCACUUAUAGCUAUGGUCCAUCCAAGGCGGCUUGUAUCCAUCUUUCCAAGAUUCAAGCAUCGAAGCUGGCCCCCUUGAACAUCAUGGUCAACUGUGUCUGCCCUGGUGUAUUCCCGUCUCGAAUGACGAGAUUUGGAAUCGACAAAUAUAUCGAUUCCUUGUUGGAGCGACAGCCGACUGGCCGGGUGGGAAAACCGUCCGACUUUGCCGGAUUGAUUCUAUUCCUCAGCAGUGCCGGAUCAGCGCACAUGACGGGCAACGUCCUAGAAAUUGACGGUGGAAGUACGCUCACCGGGUGGAGGUCCAAGAAGAAGGCCAGCAAGAUCUGAAAAGGAGCAUGUGUUCGUUGUGAAACAGAUAACAGCACUGGAAACGUCCGAGCGUUAACACGGGCGUAGCGGGCUGGCGUGCGAACCGUGACCGUGCGAAAGAUGACUGGGGUUUAUUCGAAUGGGCUUUGAUGGUGCAGAGUUGUCAAAUAUAUACCCAAGGCCUCAUCGUCUAUUUUCUGCUGGAGGCCUAGUAAUCACAACGAGACCGGUUGUACCAC